UCAGCUGCAGCUGGUUACUGCACUUCUUCUCCAUGUGGCAGACAGAGCGCAGCCACAAUGCUUUCACUGCUGGAUUAGAGACAGCCCACAGACCAGAACUUCACUACACUACUUAAAAGUUACAUAGGUGGCUUGUCAAAUUCAAUCAAUUAGUAUUAUAAAAAGAAAAGGUCCAUAUUAGUGGUUGGAUUCAACAAUCCUCACCAAAAAAAAAUGCAGUUGCCAUUGAAGUCAGAGAUGAACCAACGUCUACACUGAUUUUUUAAAAUCAAGAAAAAGGGCAGCAACUUUCUGGAUUCAAUUUAUCAACAACAUAAAAAGACAUCGUUAUACAACUUCAUUUCGAAAUGAAGGCUUUUAUUUGGACCCUAGGUGUACUAUUCUUCCUUCUAAUGGGCACUGGACAUUGCAGAGGAGGACAGUUCAAAAUUAAAAAAAUAACCCAGAGGAGAUACCCUCGUGCCACAGAUGGUAAAGAGGAAGCAAAGAAAUGUGCAUACACAUUCCUGGUACCUGAACAAAAAAUAACAGGACCAAUUUGUGUCAAUACCAAAGGGCAAGAUUCAGGUACCAUUAAAGACAUGAUCACCAGGAUGGAUCUUGAAAACCUGAAGGAUGUGCUCUCCAGGCAGAAGCGAGAGAUAGAUGUUUUGCAACUGGUGGUGGAUGUAGAUGGAAACAUUGUCAAUGAGGUAAAGCUUCUGAGAAAAGAAAGUCGUAACAUGAACUCUCGGGUUACCCAACUCUAUAUGCAACUAUUACAUGAGAUUAUCCGUAAGAGGGACAAUUCACUUGAACUUUCCCAACUGGAAAAUAAAAUCCUCAAUGUCACCACAGAAAUGCUGAAGAUGGCAACAAGGUACAGGGAAUUAGAAGUCAAAUAUGCCUCCUUGACUCAUCUUGUCAAUAACCAGUCUGUGAUGAUCACUCUGCUGGAGGAGCAGUGCAUGAGGAUAUUUUCCCGACAGGACACCCAUGCGUCUCCCCCUCUUGUCCAGGUAGUGCCACAACACAUACCUACCAGUCAUCACUACACUCCUGGUCUGUUGGGAGGCAAUGAAAUACAGAGGGACCCAGGUUAUCCCAGAGACUUAAUGCCACCACCUGACCUGGCAACUUCUCCCACCAAAAGCCCUUUCAAGAUACCACCUGUAACUUUCAUCAAUGAAGGACCAUUCAAAGACUGUCAGCACGCAAGAGAAGCUGGACAUUCAGUCAGUGGGAUUUACAUGAUUAAGCCUGAAAACAGCAAUGGACCAAUGCAGUUAUGGUGUGAGAACAGUUUGGAUCCUGGGGGUUGGACUGUUAUUCAGAAAAGGACAGAUGGCUCUGUUAACUUCUUCAGAAACUGGGAAAAUUAUAAGAAAGGGUUUGGAAACAUUGAUGGAGAAUACUGGCUUGGACUGGAAAAUAUCUAUAAGCUUAGUAAUCAAGAUAAUUAUAAAUUGUUGAUUGAAUUAGAAGACUGGAGUGAUAAAAAGGUGUAUGCAGAAUAUAGUAGCUUUCGGCUGGAACCUGAAAGUGAAUUCUAUAGACUGCGCCUGGGAACUUACCAGGGAAAUGCAGGGGAUUCUAUGAUGUGGCAUAAUGGUAAACAAUUCACCACACUGGACAGAGACAAAGAUAUGUAUGCAGGAAACUGCGCUCACUUUCAUAAAGGAGGCUGGUGGUACAAUGCCUGUGCACAUUCUAACCUCAAUGGAGUAUGGUACAGAGGAGGUCAUUACAGAAGCAAGCACCAAGAUGGAAUUUUUUGGGCUGAAUACAGAGGCGGGUCAUACUCCUUAAAAGCCGUUCAGAUGAUGAUCAAGCCUAUUGACUGAUGAGAGACAGUCCAACAUAAAUGGCACAGAAUAUGUAAUUUUAGUUCCCCAAAAAUGUUUUAUGUCUCUAACUUUGCACAAUUAUUUCUAAACAAAGAAUUUGUAAAAUGAAUUUUACCCUAACUAUAAAAAGGAUUUAUGAAUGUAGUUUCAUCUUCCUUCAAAAUUCUGCUCAAAAUGAUUUGUAUGAAUAUCCUACUUAUUUUUUAAAGUUAUAUUGAUUGAAUACAGGUAAAGUCUAUUUUCUAAAAUGUAAAUAUGUGUCACAAUACAAAUCAAAUCUUAGCUUUAAGUCAAACAAUACAUGCUCAAGAUUCUUAACCAUUUAUUUAAAAAUUAUGAAAUUAUUCUAACUUGCAAAAGUAAUUUUAAGAUUUUAGCCAAGUAAUGCAUUUUAUUUAUAAAAACAGACAAGAAAUUAGAGAAAUCUCUAGUUUUGCUGUAAAAAAUUUUUUCACUGAAUAAAAAUUUGAGAAAAUUUCAAAUCAUAUGUGUCUUUCACAUUUAAUGACUGAAUCUGAACUGUUAAUGAUUUCCCACCCCCCAAAGAAUGGUGACUUAGAAUAUUAAAGUAUAUAUCAUUUUUAAUUAAGAAAUAUAAAUACUAAUGCUUAUUUGCAUGGUAAAUUUAUUAAAAAUAAACACACAAGUAUGUUUUCAAUAUUUAUAUGAUAUGCUGACUACUAAAACUCUGAAAUGCAGUUUAUAUAGCAAAGUUAGUAUAAUUGUUUUUUAUAGUUAUACUGUUUAAUAUAAUUCUACAACCAAA